GGAUGGAAGGGCCAAUCUGGCAACCCUGCCCCUGUCAAAAAUCUCACUGCAGAGUAUGCCAGUUCCUGCUGGAAGUUGCACACUGAAGUUAGCGUCGUUGCACCUGGUACUGGCAUAACUGCAAGCUAACCAUGGCAGGAAAGAGGGCAUUAGUAAUCCUGUCUAAAGGUGCCGAGGAGAUGGAAACUGUUAUCCCUGUGGACAUCAUGCGUAGAGCUGGGAUUGCAGUGACGAUUGCAGGACUGACGGGCAAAGAGCCAGUCCAGUGCAGCAGAAACGUCGUCAUCUGUCCCGAUGCCAGUCUGGAGGAUGCCAGCAAACAGGGCCCUUAUGACGUGGUGCUUCUGCCAGGAGGUAUGCCAGGGGCCCAGAAUCUGGCAGAGUCUCCUGCUGUGAAGGAGGUGCUGAAGGAUCAAGAUGGCAAGAAGGGCCUGAUUGCAGCCAUCUGUGCAGGCCCCACUGCUCUCCUGGCACAUGGCAUCGGUUACGGCAGCACAGUCACUACACAUCCUGCCAUGAAAGAGAAGAUGAUGGCUGGAGACCACUAUAAAUAUUCAGAGGCUCGAGUACAGAAGGAUGGACAUUACAUCACCAGCCGUGGGCCAGGAACCAGCUUCGAGUUUGCGCUGACAAUUGUAGAGGAACUUAUGGGGGCUGAGGUUGCAGCUCAAGUCAAGGCUCCUCUUAUUAUGAAAGACUGAAUGUAGCUCUGUGCACUUACAUCCUGCAAGCAGCACUGCCCACUAUACAUGCCUGGCACUACUGAGACAGUUAAUCCAAUGUAGCUGGCACAAAGAGUCAAAGUAGCUAGUGACAAAUCAUUUUCCCGAGGGGACAUAGGAUGUUUCCAUUCUGACAGGUUAUUGUCUUCCUUUGUCUUUCUUAGUUGGCAAUGAAAGGCACCCUUGUGUUAUCUAACACUGAAAAACAAUAUGAAUAAUAACUGCACAGGCGUUCCAAAUGAGAUGCAAUUGAUUUAGUUUCUUUGUACUUUUUUCCACAAAUUGCUAGAUCAUUGUUCUGACUGCUUUUAUUGUUUCAUUGUCAUUAAAGCAUUAAUGUGACGAA